AUUCUUGAUAAGAUUGUGCUAUUUGAUUGAGAUUGUACUGUUCAUUCCCAACAACCCUGGCGGCGAUCGUCCAACGCCGGAUGGAUAAUUCUUCUCACGUGGAUUCCAACAAUCCAUGCCACACGAGACUUGGACUUCUUGCUAAGAAAAAGAAAUAUAGCAUUCCAGUAGGCCAUAAGGAAAUAUUCAAGCCUAGGACGGCCCCAAUUUCGUCUGCCACCACCAACCAAACCAAACUCCUCACGAGCGUCGCCGGCGAGGCGAAGCAGCCGUAGAAAAACCCAAGAUCAGCGAGUUGCGUCCAUCUCUCGCCGUCUCCCUCAGCUGCUCAGCUUUGAUAUGAUAGCUCAAGGGCGAUACGUUUAGUAUGGUCGCCGGCAGCAAGGAGCUCGCGGCGGCGAUGGCCCCGGUGACCCGGCCGCGCUGGUCAGUGCUGCCGGCGCCGCCUCGUCGCCUCCGGUGGCCGCCCCCGCCGCCCGCCGGAAUCGCCGCCGUCUGCUUCGGCUACCGACAUCGCCUCCGCGCCGCGCCGCCGCCGACAAUGGUCGCCGUCGACCCGCCGCCGCGGGAGGCCGCGGCCGCCCCGCCCGCCAUGAAGCGGAGCGCGAGCUUCGACCGCGUCCCGGAGGAGGCGCGCCGCAUCCUGCACCGCCUCGCCGGGGAGCUCUGGGGCGGCGACGUCGACCCCGCCGCGCUCGCCGUGUCCCAGCUCAAGGGCGCCAUGACCAACGAGGUGUUCCGGAUCACCUGGCCCGGCGGCGGCGGCGGCGAGGGCGAGGGCGAGGGCGACCACCGCAAGGUGCUCGUCCGCAUCUACGGCCAGGGCGUCGAGGUCUUCUUCGACCGCGCCGACGAGGUCCGCACCUUCGAGUGCAUGUCCCGCCACGGCCAGGGCCCCCGCCUCCUCGGCCGCUUCCCCAACGGCCGCAUCGAGGAGUUCAUCAACGCGAGGACGCUCUCCGCGGCGGAUCUGCGCGACGCGGAGAUAUCCUCGCUGAUCGCCAAGAAGCUUCGUGAAUUCCACGAUCUCGACAUGCCUGGACCCAAGAACGUGUCACUGUGGCAGAGGCUGAGGAGGUGGCUUGAGGAAGCUCGUGGCAGGUGCUCGCCCGAGGAGGCUAGGCAGUUCAGUUUGGAGAAGCUAGGUGAUGAGAUCGCAAUGCUGGACAUUGCAUUGUCAGGGGUUGAUCAGAGAGUAGGAUUUUGCCACAAUGAUCUGCAAUAUGGCAACAUUAUGAUAUAUGAAGAAACCAGACAAGUGACCUUAAUUGACUACGAGUAUGCGAGUUUUAAUCCUGUGGCAUUUGACAUUGCUAAUCACUUCUGUGAGAUGUCUGCUGAUUAUCAUUCAGCCACACCUCAUGUGCUGGACUUCACAAAAUACCCUGGCAUUGACGAACAACGCAGAUUUGUUCAAACGUACCUCAGCUCUUCAGGUGAGAACCCAUCAGAUGCGGAAGUUGAACAUUUACUUGGCCUGAUUGCAAAAUACAGUCUUGCAAGCCAUAUCUUCUGGGGUCUUUGGGGAAUAAUCUCAGGGCAUGUGAACAAGAACAUCGACUUCGAGUACCAGGAGUAUGCAAGGCAGCGGUUCGAUCAGUACUGGAAGACAAAAGAUCAAACGCUGGGAUCCAAAUCCAACUAGUUGAUCACACAGACACACAGAGCAUUCUUCUUUCAUGUCUUGUGAUCCUUUUCUUUUAUAUAGCUUUGUCUAGUCUUGUGAAUUCUCAAUUGUGUGUGUCUGUAGCAGCAGCAGCGUAGCUGCCAAGUUUUUACUGUAAAAAUCUUUCGGCUCCUUGCAAACAUGUCCUUCGUUUCCGUA